AUGAUCAUCCUCAUCUUCUUACUUUUUGCGCUAGCUUCUCAUAUACAUUCAGGUUUAAUUCCGUCAUUAAACUCGUCAGCAAAUCUUAAUGAAACCGAACCUAGUCAACCACUUGUAAUAUACAAUAAUGAUAAUGCAACAGCCGUCAGUCGAAAUCAAACAGUGGAUAAAAAUCAAUUUGCUGAAACUGUCGUUGAUCUCCUACUCGAUCUGUUAGAAAAAGCAAAUUUAUCUCGUACAGUGUCAGUGAUUCAUAAUGAUACUGAAUUAACCGAACUAGUCGAACAAGAUGAUGGAGAUCAUCCGAAUGUAGAAACAACAACAAUGAAAUUACCGGCAUCAUAG